CUUUUCUAAAAUUCAAGAUGGCUGCGUCCAUUGUUGCUCAUUGUCUUCCGACACGUCAACAUUGUCGACGUUUUUUGCAUGUGAAACAUUUAUUUAAAUCAGUUUUACUUAACUGAUUAGUUGAUUCGAUAUAGAAUUGUUUGUCUAAUGCAAUGUCUGCCCUAUUUAAUUUCCAGAGUCUGCUGACAGUAAUUCUGCUGCUAAUUUGUACGUGUGCGUAUAUUCGAUCUAUAGUGCCCAGUUUGCUGGAUAGGAAUAAAGUUGGAUUCCUGGGGAUCUUCUGGAAGUGUGCCAGGAUUGGGGAGCGAAAGAGUCCUUAUGUUGCAUUAUGCUGUCUCUUCAUGGCUUUCAGUAUAUUGUUUUGGUCUUGAGAGGAAUAGGAUGGUUGUAAAAAAAAAACAAAUAUAUAUAACAUUUUAAAUCGACCAAAGUUGGACCAUCUGUGUGUAUUUAGAGACGCGAUAAAGGUAAUGUCCACAAAAAAAUGAAAAAUGUGAGAAUUACGUUCGUAUGACAAACAUUUUGUAUUUGUUCCUUCGACUGGAAUAUACAUAAAAAAUACACUUAUGUAAGCUUAAAGUAGGUCUAUGAAAACAAAACAAUAAUGCUAGUUACACGAUAUACAUUAUUUGUCAACACGUUAAGAUAGCGAAGCUAUACUUAUAUAUAAUUGUCCAAUUUUGAGCACAUUCUUUUUUUUUUUUUUUUUUUAUUCUCAGCUUAUUCUCACAAUAUAUAUAUUUUUCUAUAAACAACAACGUCUUUAAAUAUAAUCAUUAUUGUAAUAAUAGUAAUAAUAUUGAGCAUCGUUCAAUACUGUAGUCAAUUACACUUAUCAUAACAUCA